AAAUGCAAAUAUUGGGAUAAGCAUGAACGAGCCUGUAUCGUAUUGUUUUUUCUAUACAAAAUUGAAAUUUAUGUAAUCCCAGAGUUUUGCAUCGCCACCUUGCGAAAAGCGUGUCUGUGAUCAUUGUUUAUUUAUUGUCCCAUUUAUAGGUUAUAUUUUUAUUAAUCUAUUUUUGAUAUGAUCAACAUUUUAGAUCACCGUAUCUUAUCAUAAUUACCUUCAAUUCAAUAGUACGAAGUGAAUACUUUACUUAUUUCAAAUAUGGUAAUUUCAUGAAAUUAUUAAUUUAUUAAUGGAAUCAGCAUGGCCAAUGAACCCUUGGUAGUACAGGCUAUUUAUUCUUAUAAGAGGAGUAAUAAUGAUGAGCUAUGUUUCAAGAAAGGCGAUAUCAUUACCGUUACUCAAAAAGAUGAUGGUUGGUGGGAAGGCACCCUAAAUGGAGAAACAGGAUGGUUUCCCAGUAAUUAUGUCAAGGAGUGCAAAGAUGCUCCUAAGCCCAUUAUAAAUCAACAAAAUCAGUACAAAAGUGUUGUGUUAAAAGAUCUUAUAGAUUCAGAAAAAGCACAUGUUACUGAACUAGAGGGACUUGUGACUAACUUCCUACAACCUCUAGAAAAAAGUUCAAUUUUGACAUGUGACGAAUAUAAACAAUUGACGGGAAAUAUAACAGAGGUAUUGGAAACCCAUCAGCAGCUGUUGAAUCUGAUAGAAAUAGAAUCUAAUAAACCUGGAUACGAACAGAAGGUUGGCAAGUUAUUUCUCACAUGGGCUCCAAGAAUUAAAAAUGUUCAUCAGACGUAUUGCUCCUUGCAUCCAAGGGCAGUGUGUAUUCUCGAUAAAUAUCGAGAAGAUCUCACCAAAUAUAUGGAAUCCAAGGGCGCAACAAGUCCUGGUGUUCUAGUAUUAACUACAAUGUUGAGUAAACCUUUCAGAAGGUUGGAUAAAUACUCUGGAAUGAUGCAGGAAUUAGAAAGACAUGUGGAAGAAUGUCAUCCAGAUAGGGGUGAUACUCAGAGAUCUGUCAGUAUAUAUAAAGAUAUUGCGUCGUCUUGCUCAGCUACCAGGAGACAGAAAGAAUUGGAGCUACAAGUUUUAACAGGACCUGUAAGGGGUUGGGAAGGUCCUAGCCUAACCACACUUGGAGAUAUCAUAUACAUGGGAUCAGUCGCUGUGGGUCCUCAACAUCAUGAUAGAUACUUUGUAUUAUUUCCAUCCACUUUGGUCAUACUAUCUGUCAGUCACAGGUUGAGUGCUUUCAUUUAUGAGGGAAAAUUAUUUUUAUCUGGCUUGAUGAUUAAUAGACUUGAAGACACCGAUCAGUAUAAAAACGCCUUCGAAAUCAGCGCACCCAUGAUAGAUAAAAGAGUUGCCGUUUGUCAGAGUAAGGAAGAAGCUGAUCAUUGGGUAGAGUUACUAUGUAAACACAUGCCGAGAAGUUCAACUGCUUCAAAUAUUAGUCAGAAAGUAUCACCAUCUCAGGCACAGUUUGUUCCACAGCCACCACCUCAUACGUCUCCACUAGUAGCCGGAGGCGUGACAAACCACCACAGUAACCGCCAAGGAGGAAUCAAUACCCGCUCAUCCACUCCAACCCCACAACUUCACCAUGGUACCACCGUCUCUUCACGCGGUUGGUCAUCGAUCUGCUUGAGACCCACCCCGCCUCUACGCCCCUGCCUCGCCCUUGGUACUUCUCCGAAUGGACCCUAUUCGAGGUACAGCCGUAAACCUAUGAGCUACAAGGAAGAUGGUUUGAUCCUUGAUGUCAUUGAAGCAUAUUGUUCAGUUACCAAACUCAGAAGCACUGUUAAUUCAGUGAAUGUGAUGGAGGGUUCAAAAUCUGAAUUCAACAAAGCCAUCCCAGAAGCUAUUCAGCAGCUUCAAUCAAAGCUGAGUAUCCUGGAGUACAAAGUAGCUGCCCUGACGUCCCAAUUGGGUGACGAGAAAGAUGCAAGAUGCACUUUGCAAAAUAUCGUUAGGACUUUUUUAACUUCUAGCUCAAAGGAAUAUGACAGUAUUGAAUGGCCCACAAUGGAGACUAAUAUUUAGUAAAUAUAAAAUUAUGUAACACCAACUGAUUCAUUUGCAUGAAAUUGUAUAGUAUUUUAUUAUAUCUAUAAUUUUCCAAUAAAGAAUUGAAUGAAAA